UUGAGUGCCCCAGUCAAAACACCAAAGUCUACGAGAGAAGAUCCAACUCCACUUCAAAAAUUGUCUGUGUGGCUGCAACAACGGAUAUAUUCCCUCACCACGGAUUCUAAGGUGGAGAGCGUUUUUUCUUCCCUUUCCUUGCAUUUCUCUAAAAAAGAGAUGGAAGAGAGUUCGAGUUCUCCCGUCUCCCCUGUGGAUAGCAUAGUGACCAGCGAGGAGGAGUUGGACAGACAACAGAAAAGGUUUGGAAGGAAGAGGAGACACAGUAAAAAGUCGAGCGAGGACGGCAGCCCUUCGUCCUCCGUGAAACGGGGCAAAAAACCCAGUCCGAGCAGCACGCAGUCCUACGAGGAGUUGCAGAACCAACGUGUGCUGGCCAACGUCAGGGAGAGGCAAAGGACUCAGUCGCUCAACGAAGCUUUUGCGUCGUUACGAAAAAUCAUCCCGACCCUUCCAUCGGAUAAACUCAGCAAGAUCCAGACUUUGAAGCUAGCCUCGCGGUACAUUGACUUCCUCUGUCAGGUGCUGCAGAGCGACGAGAUGGACAGCAAGAUGUCAAGCUGCAGUUACGUUGCGCACGAGAGACUCAGUUAUGCCUUCUCGGUGUGGAGGAUGGAGGGCGCGUGGUCUAUGUCGGCGACCCAUUAGCUACCAAGACGCCCUGAUUAUGCCAAAGGGACUGUUUACUUCCACUAUAUGAAGACACCAAAGGAUUAAUUGAAGAACCUUCGAACCUCAAAGACUUUUUAUGAGACGUAAUGUGAUACACAGCUGCGGACUCUGAUUGAAUACUUCAGGCAUCAGACAUCUGUGAAGAAGACAGAGAACUGACCACGCGUAAUAACUGACUUAUUACAUUGCGGUACCCAGUGUUCAGUGGCGUCUCCUGUGUCGACUAACACAUUUAUUACCAUUUAACGAGUUAUUAAAUGUUGGUGUGGUUGGAGAGCGAAAGCCAUUUGAUAACUUUAAAGAAUACCAUAUUUCAUAUGUUGUUUUUUUAUCUUUAAAUAGAAUUUUAUAUAUAAAUGUUUCGAUACAAAAUAUUGUACAUAGGCUACCUGUGAUUAUCGCCAGCUUUAAAAAGGGACCAAUGCAAUUUAGAGUAAUUCUUUUUUGAGGUACGCUGCAUGGAUUCUGGUAGGAUAAUGUAGACAGCAUUCUCAAAAUCCGUCCAUUGUAUAUUUGUGCUUAUUUAUUAAAACUCAUAUUUUUUGAACGGUAUAGUUGGAAGUCAUUGUUUUGGACAGAACACCUUACAGGUCCAGUUUUACGCACAACGUCAAAUCACGUCAUUCUACCUUGUACAGUAUUUGGGUUAUGAAUAGGUAGGUGAGUUCAAAUAAGCUGUAAUAAACGCAAUUGAAAUAUAGCAUUCCAUUCCACAUCGCUUUAAAUUCUGCACGCACUCUAUUUGGUUGCCACAUGCAUGGCAGAUCUCACCUCAAAGGCUACAUGAGGGACUGUGGGUUUUCACAUGAAGCCAGACAAAUUACUAAGGUGUGAGGAAGAAUGGGAAUAGUUGUGUGGGUUUAUUUCGCCCUCCCUUGUUGUGGAAAGCAAAAAAGCAGCAAAAGCCUUUUGUUAGAACUGUACACACAGGUUCAUUAGCAAAGGAGAAGUGCUAGCCAGUUCUAAACCAAGGCGUAUAAAAGGCCUGUCCGCCUUAAUAGCAAGUAAUGGCUUAAAUGGUGAUAGCCGGAGGGAAACUCUUUAACGAGCAAAGGAACCCGAACCACACCGCAGAUAACGACAGCAGCUAUUUGCUGAACUUUAAAUACCGGACCCCUACCAGACCGCUUAUUUUUUCCUUUCUAGCUAAACCACACUGGAAAAGCAUAAAAUUGUUUACAUCUAAUUUUCCCAGACUUCAUGAGAUCCAAAUCUGCGAAAGUGAUAAUGCACAAUGUGUCCAUACCCUGCACAAAUAAUGGUCUUGGCAUGCGUGCUGCACAUGCAUAAUACAGCACAAUGCGCAUAAACAUUAAUUAUUUGUUUUUGCAAGGCCCAGCUUAUAUACACGCUGUUCUUAGAAUUAACCAAAAUCAACACGUGUGUGCAUGUUGGUCUGAAAACUACAGGCCUUGAAGGAAAACAUUUGCAGGAUGCAUUGAAGGCAAUUAUUUAAAUAUUAAUGGUUUUUCAGACGUCGGUAGUGCUU